AUGCUCAACUCCCGAGAUGACUGGACUGACUGGAUCAACUCUAUCGAGGACCUUGCUGUACGAAACGACGUAUGGAACUAUUGUGACCCCGAAGGCAUCGACAAUUUGGAGUUCACCGCCAGGAAACCGCCAGACUCAGCAAGUAAAGACACUGUCCAGAGAUAUCAAGUCCUUCAAGCCAUCUACGAUAGCGGGAAGAAAAAGUACGAUAAAGUCUCUGAGCGUAUAGACAUCACCGUCUGCGCGGAAUUCAAACAACACUACCUCGGAAUCCAUAAUGUCCGAGGUAAACUCAUUGCGUUAGCUGAGAGCAUUCAGCCGACCGCGAAAGACCAGAAACAGAAUGUUAGGGCCGAGUUCGAGAAGCUUAAGAAAGGCGUUGGC